AUGUUGCACGCUGAAGUCUGGCAGAGAUGCUUGAAGUUGUGGGCACUGAUUCAACCAUGGUUACUGACGAUUUCUUCAGUGUUGCAGGAGCUCGGGGAGUCUCGUCAUGCUUCCACCCUGUUGCAGAAUCUGCUGAAGUCGGUUUCGGAAAACACUUUGGUUCGAUAUUUGGCUCAUCUGCUGAAGUUCGUGGGAACAUUACAGGAUUUAAACGUGCGCUGGGAGUCCAUUCGACAGCUUGAGGUGGUCGAUGCUCUUCUGUCUAUGCACAAGUCAGGCUCACAUGUCACCAAUGGUUUGAAGGCGGUUCGCUGGGCCGCCAAGACGUUUGGGCUUGCCCUGCCAGAUCUCUAUGGAGGUCUCUUGGUUGGAGUGGAGGCUCGCAUUACUUCCGACAGAAAGGAGGCUCUUCCGCUUCCGAUUUAUGUUUUGGCUUACUGUGAGCGUGCCCUUCUACUGGAGUCGGGUUCAGUGGGGUUCAGAUUAUUUUUGGGCGCAAUUCUCAUUUCGGCAUCGGCCAGCCUUCGCUUCUCCGAUGCGCAACACAUUUUAUGGACAUCGAUUCAAGCUGCCCAAGACAAUGUGAGGGCCAUUUCAUAUCGAACAAAGUCCUCCCGGUGUCUUUUCGCAAACGAGGCCUUCAAGGUCAUCACAGAACCGGACAGAAUGGCUGCGUUCUUCUUUAUAGCAGGGAUGAUGUACAUGGAGCACUUUCCCUUCAACAGCUCUUUUGGGAUCGGGUCCGUAGCAAUUGGUUGCCGCUGA